CAAGCAUGGAGAGACGGUUCCCAUGAAAAUUGUUGACGGGGUUCUUGUUCCAAAGUUAGAGACCGAAUAUACCUCAAAUGACAAGAAGAAGAUGCAACUAAAUGCAAGGGCCAUCAACUUUCUAUAUUGUGCCGUGAACCCGGAUGACUUGGAAAAUCACAAGGUGCAAGACGGCCAAUGAGAUGUGGAACAAAUUAGAGGUCACAUAUGAAGGAACAAGUCAAGUGAAGGACUCAAAGAUUGACUUACUCACCCAUGAGUAUGAGCUUUUCAUGAUGAUGGAAAAUGAAACAAUAGAUGGCAUGUUCAAGAGAUUUUCAACUAUCGUCUCAACUUUGGAUACACUUGGGAAGCAGUAUGAGGAUCAUGUUCUCGUUCGAAAAAUCCUUCGAAGUCUCACACCGGAAUGGAAGUCUAUGGUCAAUCCUAUCAAAGAAGGCCGAGAUUACAAUACAUUGACAUAUGACGCACUUCGAGAACGUUUCCGCGCAAAAAACUGGUCUUUUGGGAAACACCUCUAUUCACCCUCCCUCGUGAAGAACGUUUCCGCCCAAACCUUCACCAAGCGGUCGGACAACGCCGCGACUGCCACUGCCGCGCCACGCCGCACUGCCCCUGCCGCUAGCCCAGCCGAACCGCAGGCCCGGGCCAACCUUGCCUCCAUCGCCGACUCCCUCAACCGACUCCACUUCAAAGUUGAUGGGAUGGAGGGCUACCUUGAACGGCUCGACGUGGCUAUUCAACGCCAAGGGCACGCCAUGAACGCGUACUUCCAAGGCAUCAACUACGUCCCUCCACCAUUCCACGGCCCAUUCCUCGGGGAAGUGUACGGUGAUGAGGAUGAAGAGGAUGGCUUCUACUCCUAGUCAAGCUCCCCGGACGAGGAUAUGUUUGAC